AAACACAGUAUGUAGGAGGCUCAGCCUGUUCAAUGCUAGAUUACUAUGAGUAGUCUGCACUUGGAUGAUAUGAUAUUGGUUUCUACAGGACUGGAAAUGCAAUUUGGCGAACCAUAUAACAUUCAUGGUUUCGUUUUGACAGGCGGCAUUGAAGACAUGAGCGCUCACUCUAAACAUAAUUUUGGCAGUGGAUAGGAGUCUCUGGCUUGUGGGUGCAGGUUGAAACUCAGCCUGCGUAAAGUGUCUUUUGUUUUAGGAUUAGGUCAAACUACCCCCUAGGUCCUAUGUUAAAUCGUUUCAGCUGAUCAAGCAGGUGAAUAGUUUAAUGUAAUCCUAAUUUUGCUGGUUUCAAUUUUCUAGGAAUAUUGUUGAGCGUUUUUGGAGUUGCCUAGCGCAAUAGAGAAAGUUAUCCUUAGCUCGUGUUUUUGGGGGAUAUGAAAGGAACUUAUUUUUUAAAUCACUGAUAUUUAAGUGAAAUUGUUGGUAAUAGUUAUGUCUGACCAGUUGCUCUCUAAUGAGCGGUAUUUACCCCUCUUCAGGCGGUUGUGUUACGCAUCUGGUCACUUUUUGAACGACCUUUGCGCGUCAUUAUGGUUUACCUACCUAUUGGUCUACUAUCAUUCGGUGCUUGGGUUCAAGAGCACAUAUGCAGGUGUGUUGCUGCUUAUAGGUCAAAUAGCGGAUGGCGUCUCCACGCCCGUUGUCGGUAUCGAGUCGGACCGAACAGCUGGAUGUGGAGCAUAUGGCAAAAGAAAAACAUGGCAUUUAGUCGGCACUAUCAGUGUACUUAUCUCCUUUCCCUUCAUCUUUAACCCGUGUCUGGGAUGUGGUGACAACACUCCACAGUGGGUGGGGCUCAUCUAUUUCACCCCCUUCAUCAUCAUCUUCCAGUUUGGCUGGGCCGCUACCCAGAUCUCCCACCUGUCACUCAUCCCAGAGCUGGUGUCCAGUGAGCAUGCCAAGGUGGAGCUCACUGCCUACAGGUAUGCGUUCACGGUGGUGGCCAAUAUUACAGUGUAUGCUGUGACCUGGUUACUCUUUCACUUCCAGUCCCAGCAGACUGGAGAUCCCUCUGUCACUGACAGCUUGGGCAUUGUUGACAUCCCCAUAUUCAGGGACCUGUCCCUCAUUGUGCUGGGGAUCGGGGCAGUGUUUUCUUUCGUCUUCCACCUGGGCACCCGAGAAAGGGCUCCUCACAGGGAAGAGCCAGGCUCGCAGAACGACGAGAGUCAACCCCUGAUCUCCCUAAAUCCCCAUAAUGCCAUACCCCAAUCUCUCCUCCAAUGGAAACAUUGGUUGAAGGAGCCUUCAUUUUACCAGGUUGCUUUUCUGUACAUGUGCACCAGGUUGAUAGUCAACUUGUCCCAGACCUACAUCUCCAUGUAUCUCAUCAACUCCUUAUUGCUACCAAAGAACUUCAUCGCCACCAUUCCUUUAGUGAUGUAUGUCAGUGGGUUUGUGUGUUCUCUGGUCAUGAAGCCAAUCAGCAAGCUUGUAGGCAUUAGUAUGACCUAUUUGCUAGGCCUUGUGCUGAUCCUGGGGUUUUCCUCCUGGGUGUUGGUGGGCAUGAACAUAGGGAGGCUGAUCUAUGGAGCUGCUGUACUGCUGGGUGCAGGCUCUGCCACCAUCCUGGUCAUGUCACUCUCCAUGACGGCCAAACUGAUUGGAGAACAGACGCAAAGUGGGGCCUUUGUGUACGGGGCGAUGAGCUUCACAGAUAAGGUGGCCAAUGGCAUUGGUGUCAUCAUAAUCCAGAGUUUGCAUCCCUGCAUUUCACAAGACAGCUGUCCAGACAGUGUGUGGUUCUAUCGUGAUGUCAUGGUGAUUGUGACUGGGGGUGUGGCCUUAGCAGCAGCAAUUUCCCUAUGCACCCUUCUUAUCUGGCCUAUUAGGAUCCGACAACUCUCACAGGAAAAUCAGUUAAACGGUGGGAGAUCUACUCUAUAGACAGGUGAAGUUUUUUGGUGAUCAAAUUAUUUUUGACAGGUGAAGGGUUAAAACCAGUCCGCAUGCAGCUUGAAGGUAUUUAGAUAAUAUGCUUAGCUCUUUAUUCUUGUAAGCUUGCGCUACUAAUUCCAGAAAUAUUUUGACUUGGAAUUUGUAUUUGCUAAUUACAAAGAAGGUCUUUGCCAAACUUUUUUUUACGCCAUAAGAUAAAGCCACGCCUCCAUCUAGUGGAAGAAUGAUGAACUACACCUCAGUUUGAUAUGGGCCUUGCACACAACAGCACUCAAACAUGAGCACACUGGUUGAAAAUAUCCUACUAUAAUGCACUAGCUAUGUAUUUCCGUUCAUUGUUCUCUCCUCAUAGGUUUCCCCAGUACUUCUGUCCAGAUGGAGGCAGAAGACAGAGAAUGAGACACAGCAGUCAACUGAAGAUCAGAGAUUCAUUACACUGAUUAAUAUGUGGGGAAAACAGUGUGCCUGUUCACAGGACAAAGACCAGGAGACUUUCAGUAUACCCAUUGGAGAUGCAACAGGAACUUUACAGCAAGACUUUAACACCCCCAUAUCUAUCUAUACCGUUUCAUAAGAGAUUUAGAUGUAAUGCAUUUAUGAGGAAUUUAUGGAAUUUAUGGGGAGAAAUCAAUAAAUGGGUACAAUAUUCUACUUUAUAAUAAUACUGCAUACUGUAGGCCUACUUACACAGACAUGUCAAUGUUUUACACUUAAAAGGGAGUCACUUCUUUCUCCCUGGCUUUUUUAAGGGGAAAAUGUUUCUUCCAUAGGUGUUAUGAAAUAAUACACAAUACCAGGGUGUGUGUGUGUGUUGUCUAUUGUCUCCAUUAUUUCCUUCAGAUUUUCAUUGUACAGAUUUUGAAAUUAUAUCAGUCAUGCAGAAAUGUAAACUGGUUUUGGAUGAUUAUUUUCUGAUUUAAAUUGUUAAAAUGUCUUGUUGCCUUUAAGAUUUUGAGAGCUUUUGGACAAGUUUGCCUGAUGCAUGGUUGACGAAAUGACCACAAUGCCUAGUUUCUGAUGAAAAUGCAGAUGAGUUAUCUCAUAGGAAUAAACAUUUACAUCUCACUCACAUCUUCACUGAGAGAGAUGAGACAAUUCA